AUGGCUGCUGAUGAAGAGCACGCCGACGAGAGAACACAUCUUCUGCCUCAGGACAGGAGACUAAGCUCCAUCGUCCACGGGACCGACGCCUCAUCCGUCAUUUCUUCCCAUGUCAGCAAGGAGGAGCAGGCCUUGGGGGAAACCGCAGUGGGAGAACGUCUUCCAUACAACGAUUAUACAACAAUUGACUGGCUGCAUGACCUCGUCAGUUUUCAAGUGGAUAACACCCAGGAAAAGCAUGCUGACCAUGGGCAGGUCAAGGACUCGUAUCGCUAUCGUCCCAUUCACAGCGGAAGAGGGAUUCGAGACUCGGUGAGAUCCGCUUUCGAUUCCUGCGAAGGCUGGAUCGCGGCCGCCCUUAUAGGGACUCUGACAGCUUGCGUGGCUUUCCUCGUUGACAUCGCCGUCGCCACGGUCAGCGACUGGAAGACAGGAUACUGCAAAACAAAUCACCUUGCGAGCAAGGAAACAUGCUGCCUGUCAAAACCACCCUUGGGCCUUCUUGCGGACACGGGAGAGACAUGUUCUGAUUGGCAAUACUGGACAAAUAAUUACUGGCACGGGUUCGGUAUAUACGUGGGAUUCGCAUUGCUCUUCGGGGUCAUCAGCAGUGCAGUCACGUCGACGACGCGAAGAGCCUUACCGGCAACCGCCCCUGGCUCGGGAGAUAGAGAACCGAUGCGAAUGUCCACUCAGGAUGCCUAUGGAGAAGUUGGAAAACAAGCACCAUCUGGAAAGUCGAUAUACAUGGCUGCAGGCAGUGGCAUUCCCGAAAUCAAGACGAUUCUGUCUGGCUUCGUGAUCCCACACUUCUUGGACCUCGACGUGCUGGUCGUGAAGGCAGUCGGCUCUAUAUUUGCCGUGUCUACCGGCAUGUGUCUGGGCAAAGAAGGGCCCUUCGUCCACAUCUCCACGUGUGUUGCAUAUCUCGUAGGCAUGCGAUUUCCCAAGUACCGAGAGAAUGGCCGCAAAUUCCGAGAAAUUCUUGCCGCUGGAUGCUCCAGCGGUCUCUCCGUCGCCUUCGGAGCGCCAAUUGGAGGCGUGCUCUUUGCAUACGAAGAAAUUUCUACCUAUUUCCCCAGAAAAGUCCUCUGGCGAGCAUUCGUAUGUUCUCUAUUUGCGGCAAUCACCCUCAAGGCUCUGAACCCUACGGGAACAGGCAAGCUGGUUCUUUUUGAGACCAACUAUGGCACGACCUAUCAACCUUACCAUUACGUCGUGUUUGUCGUUCUGGGAGUUGCCGGUGGUGUCUUCGGGGGCGCCUUCUGCAAGGCCAAUUUCUUCUGGUCACGCAGCUUCCGCAAGUAUGGCAUCAUCAAGAAUUACCCGGUGUUUGAGGUUUUGGGGGUUGUGCUCGCUACAGCAAUUCUUCAGUAUCCCAAUCCUCUCACGCGAGAGCCGGGCGAUAUCAUCAUCAAAAACCUCCUGGUUGACUGUGCUGACGCUUCACGGACAGCGUAUGUCUGCGUGCAAGAAGGGCAUGCUUCGCCCACUCCCCAAUAUCUAGGCUGGCUGGUCUAUGGGACGCUCGUGAAGCUGAUUUUGACCAUUAUCACGUUUGGGAUCAAAGUUCCGUCGGGAAUCAUCAUUCCCGCUCUUGACGGAGGAGCCCUUUUCGGAAGAUUGGUUGGCCAAUUGCCUUUCCUGGCACAGUCUAUCUCGCCCGGAAUUUUCGCCAUGGUUGGUGCCGGUGCUUUCUUAGCCGGGGUCAGCCGCAUGACCAUAUCUCUGGCGGUGAUCAUGUUCGAAUUGACCGGAGAGCUGGAAUUCAUUGUGCCAAACAUGAUUGGGAUCAUGGUUGCUAAAUGGGUGGCAGAUUCUUUGGAACGCGAGGGUGUCUAUGAUCUGGCACAGACAGUUCUCGGCCACCCCUUCCUUGAUCUUGACCACAGUAUGAAUCUAGUGCAGAAGGAACCCCAUCUCGUCGAGGAACUUAUUCCUCCUCCUCAGACGAUGCGCGAGAUCAUUGUCGACGUGCCAGAAAGUGGCCUGGUUCCUCGGGCGGUGCUGAGUGAGAAACUACAACAGCUUCGCCGUCGAGGCCUCAUGGACGCCGGUCUGGUUCUGACUCAGAAGAGUAUGCUUCAAGGCUACCUUGCCGAAGGUGAAUUAGAAUUUGGCCUGGAAACUCUCGGUCGGAGCUUUCCAGAAAGCUGUCUUGUACGACUACUGCCUCCGGCUGCUGUAGUCGUACCAUUUGAGCACGAGGGAGAGCUUGACAUGUCCCAAUUUGUGGACCGGACGCCACUGACCAUAUGUGAUAAAGCACCCAUGGAAUACGCAGUGGAGAUGUUCGGGAAGCUGGGGUUGAGACACUUGUGUGUGAUUAAAGAAGGGAGUGGAAAAUUGGUGGGAGUGAUCAUCAAGAAGAGGUUGGUGGUAUGGUUGGAAGGGUUGAAACACUGA